ACCAGGACUUGCAGUGCAGGAGUCUUGAACCAACUCUUCUGUGUUAUUAAUUUAUUGUGGCCACUAGAUGCCGCUGAUAUAGUUUAAGGCCAUAUACAAACCAUACAACCCAAUUUGAAGAAGAUGACAAUGCUUUAAUCAUUGGCUGAUUGCUUCAACCCAUAGGAAUCCCCACCCAGUUGACUACUAGUGGAAGCCCUUAAUGUCAAUGUCCAUGCUAAAAACAGGUUAUUUCCAAGUAGAGAUCUCUAUACAUUUCUAUGAGUCUGAUACAUAUGGAUUGAUAGACAACAACAAGGUUUUUCACAACUCUAUUUCACCAUAGAGCUGGUGUUUUAUGGUAAAGGCUUUAAACUCAGUAAACCUUCAGUAAAUCAUUGCCAAGUUGGCACUAAACUAUUAAGACUGAAAAGGCGGAGACAAACAGUAUAGCUUUGAACUUGUGUGGGUGGUCACAUGAUCAAAAUAGAAUUUGGAAAUGGGAAUGGCCAUGGAAACGCUUUACAGUUUUUGUUUAGAGCCCUUACCGAUUUCAUGUUAUAAUAACAUUUACCAAUCACAUCAAUCACAUAUUAGAGAAUCUGCUUUUAUGUUAUGUAAUCCUAGUACAUUGACAUUCACUGCAAUCAAUAAUGUGCUCUGGUGCUCUCUAAGUCUCUUCCAGACAGGCAGCCGUCAGCUCCCAGAUCGAAAGGCCUAGUUAAUGAUUAACUGACCAGUAAGAUUUAUUGUGUACAAUGAUGCAGUCAGGAAACAUUUCCUUCUCUAGCCUCUCCGGGAAACACACAGUCUACAGAGACACACUCAUGAGUGUCUAGGAGACACUCCCAGGCUCUCUGUCUGUUUACAGCUACCAGACCUACACUUCCAGCUGCCAGAUGAAUCAGACCAUGCACACCUCACACAGCUCUCAUCCCAGAUGUGACCCUCUGCCUGAGGUCACAGUGGGUCAGGGUCACCUAGGAUCGUCCUCAGAACACACACAGGACCGAACAUCCCUCAAACAUGUGACCUACAGCAAGAACUCCUCUCAGAUCUGUCCAUCCGCGGGCCACAGAGACUGGCUCUGCCCUGUAUGUCUACAAACUGCCAGCUUCCCCGUAAAGACCAACUGUGGCCAUCUCUUCUGUGCUCCCUGUCUGAUCUCCUACUGGAGACAUGGGUCCUGGCUGGACGCCAUAAGCUGCCCUCUGUGUAGACAAAAGGUCAAGGUCCUGUGUCGUCUGUUCAGUAAGGGUUGGUCAGACAGUAAAGAGAGGGAGGUUCUGGGAGAAAUCACAGACUACAACAAACGCUACUCAGGAGCCCCUCGAAAGGUGACAGACUACCUGUGUGACACACCCCUGUUCCUGCAGCUGCUAAUCUGCCGCCUGGGCACCAUGGGGGGGCUAGUGUGCCUCUUCUUCCUCCGGGUGGCACUUUGCUGCCUAGGGACUGUGGUGUCCCUCACCUCACCCCCCCUGGACACUCCACCCUCCCUGUCUGACCUCCUGGGGGUCCUGGAUGACCUGGUGGUGGUCUUCCUGCUGCUCAUCUGUGUUAUCAAUAUCAACCAGCAGAUGGCACCAGAUAGUGGGAACUCCUCAGCUCACACAGGGGGUAGGCCUGUUCAGUAACUCUCUGUAGAGCGAGCAGCAGAAAUGAUGGCCAGCAGUGAUUUAGCUUUCAUUUCAACAGGAGAUCACCUCUAGUCUAGUUAGUCAACUCUUUUUUGAGAGACCUAGCAAGAAGUCAGCAGUGUAUAUCUGCUGGUUUGCAUCCUGGGGUUAUUAGCAGGUGUAUUCACUAGGAACCAAACAGUGAGGGAUCUAACUGAAUUUGUCAAAGAAACUCAUUUUGGUUGUAAAACAUUUUGGACUUAUGAUUAGACCCCAGGUGUUGGACUCACUGUACCACAAGCAGCGGUUUACAGUCUAAUAGUAAGUCUAACCAGGGGCUCAGUUUUUGCAUGGCUGAAUGCAUAAAGUGUCACACCUAGCCUUCUUUCCUCCAUGACCACUGAUCUGAUGAAAGCAACAUGGUGGAACCUACACAAAUAGUCUCUCCUCCUCCAGUGGGUAUGUUUAAUGGAAUGUGUUGAAUGUUUUUUAUGCAGCAUUUUGGAGGUUCAUUGUCUGAUAUUUUCAGAUUUUUGUGUGUCGUGUUUCUUUCUACAGUACCUGUUGCUAGUGUUUCAACAUAUAGGGAACUUUCAAUAAAUUCCCUGGUUUUCCCAGAAUCUCAGUUGGGGGGGUUCCUGGAAUCAGAAGGGAAUAAGCAGGAAAUCCAGAAUCCUCCAAACAGAAUUUGUAGAAAAAAACAGGGAAUUUAUUUAAAGUUCCUGGAAAUGUCCAACCCCCUAGCCUUUAUUUUGGUGUCCGUGUUACUGUUAUCAAUGCCCUUCAGUGGUUCAAUAAAACCUGGGUCUGUUCAGGGGGUGCAGAUUAAAUGUAGACCUAUUAUAUUGUACCCUGCUGUUUCUCAGUGAAACUGUAAAUACUUGAUGUGAAUACUUGUAAAAUGCUAUAAAUGGUGUAUUUUUUGUUCUGAAA